AUGAUUUUGUUUAAGAAGGUAGAAGAAUUAAAUGAUCUAUUUAUAAGAAACAAAGACAUGAGUAUGUUGUUGAAUGAAAAAGAUAGAAGAACUUUAGACAGUUUGAUCAAUGAAAUAUCUGAAAAAGAUAUUAAUUCAAAUUUACUUAAGACUAUUUUAGGAUUACAGGAGAAUAAAUAUUCAAUUGAAAUAAUUUGGCAACUACAUACAAAACAAAUAAUUGACUUUGCAGAAUUUAUCACAUGUUAUAAGUGGGAUCUUGAUCAUAUUGUUAGAACUCUGCUAUGUAUGUCUGAAUCUGAAGAAAAGCUUUGUCAAGAAAUGUUGACAGACUUAUUGGGAAGUCUAUUAAUUUUGUUGUCUGGAGAACCUAACCAUAUAUUUGAUCAACACAUACAAAUUAUUCAACAGUUUUUAACUCAAUCAAGCUUAAUAAUCGUAAGAAACCAUGAUGGAUGGGUCUAUUUGAAAAAUCUUAAAUGUUCAUCUUUUUUAACAAAAUCAACAAUUCAAAAAAUAUUCAAAAUAAUGUUAAAAAACAUGCUUAUAGCUGAUGUUGAUUUUCAUUUGAAUAUUGCAUAUGAACAAUAUAGAUUGUAUAAAACUCCAGAUUCUGUGUACAAUAUGCUUACAAUGUUUUUGGACGAAAUUGAUGAACAUGUUAUAUAUGCAUUGAUUCAGAAUGUCCUAUCACAGCAUGCAGAAAAAGCCAAUUGGAAAUUGAUAUUGUCUUUAAUUUCUACUUUUGUAAAAACAAAAUCUCAUGUAUGUCAUAUGCUAAAAUUGAAAUUAGAAGAAUUUUUCAAUCAAACAUUGUCCAAAUCGGCUACAGAAAAAAGUUUUUUAAUGCAAAAAGCUGCUUUAUUAAUUUUUCGUCAAUGUUGUUUGGAAAUCGGUCUUUGGUCAGAAUACAGCAGAUGGUACAGUUCUUAUAAACCAAAUGUAGAUAAUGCUAAAAUAUUCUACUCUUUGCUCACAGAACUAUUGCCCAUUGAUUUACCUGCUGCUUUAGCAGCCCAUAUUAAUACUCAACCUAAACUAACAGAAUCUUGUGGAGAUAUACAGUCUGAUUAUGUUAUAAAAGCCCAGGCCCAACUAAUGAAAAUAAACCAUGGAGAGGAUUACAUGGGCUUGUUUAAAAAUUACGAUGAUUGUGAGAACCGCCAUGAAGCAGACAUUAUCAAAGUACUCGAAUAUUUCAAAUCAACUGGUCAAGUAAUGCGAGUUGUCUUAGAAGCAUGUGUUUUUAGAAACAAAUAUUUUAUUGGUACAUUUCUUAAAACUUUGAUGAAUACCCAAUUGGUAGAUGAUCAGUUACGAAACAGAUUUAUUGAAAAAUUAAAUAGUAUGAAUAAAAUUCCUAAAAUGGUAUACACCAAGUGGAAACAAGAACAACAAAGUAUCUAUUUUUCAUAA